UAUUAGUCGAAGAAAUACCACCGGCAAGUGUAAUGCACAACAGCCACGUAUAAGCAGGUGCGUGUCGCGUCUGUCUCACAGCGUGCCGGUACACUUCCACGUGCGGGAACACGAAUAAGCCCUCUGUUUAAAAGAAAAGCAAAUACUGCCUACCGACAGGGUGAAACACGGUGCCACGUGCAUUAAAAACAGAGCGAUUCGCCGUCACAUGCAACGGAUUUAUACCCUGUGUCAAGCCCAACUAACGGGCGAUAUACUGUGGGAGUAUUGCAGAGUGAUACGCCGUCACGUACAUCAAACACUGGUACACAGUGAAAGUCACGGCACUGAUCAAAUUGUAUCAACAGAUGACUAUAUACAGAAAUAUGAGGACAAUACCAACAUGCGUGAUCCUGUUGCUAGUGGUAACAUGCAGGCACGUGCAAGCUGAGGACACAGAGCCCAAAGUUGAGGAUUUCGGAACUGUGAUCGGAAUAGAUCUGGGGACAACCUACUCAUGUGUGGGCGUGUACCGGAAGGGACAUGUAGAGAUCAUCCCCAAUGAACAGGGGAACAGGAUCACCCCCUCCUAUGUAGCGUUCACUCCGGAAGGGGAGAGACUGAUCGGAGACGCCGCUAAGAACCAACUGACCACCAACCCAGAGAACACCAUCUUUGACGUUAAACGUCUGAUUGGCCGUCCGUGGAAUGACAAGUCCGUGCAGCAUGACAUACAAUAUUAUCCUUUUAAGGUAAUAAACAAGAACAACAGGCCAUACGUCAAGGUGAAAGUUGGGUCAGGGGACAAGGUGUUCUCUCCCGAGGAGAUCUCGGCGAUGGUGUUGUCGAAGAUGAAGGAGAUAGCAGAAACGUACCUUGGAAAGAAUGUCACCCAUGCUGUCGUCACCGUCCCCGCCUACUUCAACGACGCCCAGAGGAGAGCAACCAAAGACGCCGGCACCAUCGCUGGGCUGAACAUUCUACGUCUGAUCAACGAACCAACUGCUGCCUCUAUUGCGUACGGUCUUGACAAGUCAGAAGGUGAAAAGAACAUUCUGGUGUUUGACUUGGGAGGGGGAACGUUUGACGUGUCAAUCCUCACCAUCGACCACGGCGUGUUUGAGGUGUUGGCCACCAAUGGAGACACACAUCUUGGCGGUGAGGACUUUGACCAGAGAGUGAUGGAGUUUUUCAUCAAGUUAUACAAAAAGAAGACCAAACGAAAUCUACGUGAGGACAGCAGGGCCAUACAGAAACUGCGUCGUGAGGUGGAGAAGGCGAAGAGAGCUCUGUCCUCCCAGCAUCAGACCCGGGUUGAGAUCGAGUCACUCAUGGGCGGCCAUGAUUUCUCUGAAGUCCUCACAAGAGCCAAGCUUGAGGAACUUAACUUAGAUCUGUUUAAAUCGACCCUGAAACCCGUAAAGUCUGCCCUGGAGGAUGGGAACAUGAAGACGACAGACAUCCAGGACAUUGUUCUGGUCGGCGGCUCCACCAGGAUUCCUAAGAUUCAACAGCUGGUGAAGGAGUUCUUUGGUGGGAGGGAACCAUCAAAAGGCAUCAACCCAGACGAGGCCAUAGCUUACGGAGCUGCUGUUCAGGGAGGAGUGCUUGGUUCCGACGAAGACAACAAAACUCCAGAUGUGCUUAUUCUCGACGUUAAUUCCAUGAGUCUCGGCAUCGAGACCAUAGGAGGCGUCAUGUCCAAGAUCAUCAGUCGGAACACAGCCAUCCCCACCAAGAAGACACAGCAGUUCACAACAACCGAGGACGAUCAGGACGUGAUGGAGGUCCUUGUCUAUGAAGGCGAGAGGGCCAUGACGAAGGACAACCACAUCCUAGGAAAGUUUGAUCUCAAAGGAAUCCCCCCGGCGGAGAGAGGGGAACCGCAGAUUGAUGUUACCUUUGAGAUAGACGUGAAUGGUAUACUGACGGUCACUGCUGAGGACAUAGGAACUGGAAACAAGAACAAUAUUGUCAUUCAGAACGACGAAAACAGACUCUCGCCAGCAGAAAUGGAGAAAAUGAUCCAAGAUGCUGAAGAGUUUGCAGAGGAGGACAAGAAAGUGAAGGAGAAGACUGAUGCUAGAAAUGAGCUGGACACUUACGUGUACUCUUUACGAAACCAAAUAAACGACAAAAAUAAACUGGGAGCUAAACUAAGCGCCGGAGACAAAUCGACGAUCGAGAAGGUUGUUGCCGAUUCAAUUAAAUGGAUGGACAGUCACGAGGAUGCUUCAGUUGAAGAGUAUCAGAAACAGAAGACUGAACUGGAAGAAGUGGUCAAGCCAAUCAUGAAUAAACUGUACACUGCAUCCGGGGAUGGAAAGAAAGAAGACGAGUCUUCUCAUCUACAUGAAGACUUAUAACAAAGUGCUUAGAGUUAUCUCCCUUCUACCAUGCGUUAUUCGGGUCCACUCGUGUCAUUCCCGGUUACGGAAAGACACGAGUUUUCACGAAUGCUGUCAGGUGGUGGAGGUGCAAUUAGUUUCCCUUAUCUAAAUGAUGCGGUAUGAUAUGUUUUCCUUUCCUUUACUCAUAUGUCACGGAUAUACAAGUGUGUCAGGUAUUUUCAUUGUAAACUGAAUCACAAACUUACCUGUAUAAUUGCUAAAAAAGUCCUGGAUAUUCCUGGAUAUCUGAUAGUGUAAGCACAGAGGAUUAGAUAACCGAAGCACGACAAAUUACAAACAUAUAUUCAUAUUUUCUAUGAUAAGUUUCUGAUAAGUCACCAACCAUUUUAUUCCAUUCUGAAGCAUGCGUGGCGAAAAGAUGUAGAUACACACGUUAGAGUAUGCCUGGAAUGAAUGCGAUCUGAAUGUUUUCAACUUUCUUAAUGUCAGUGUUUUGUCGUCAAUAAAAAGUGUUUUCGCUGUU